UUUAAAAUCAGACAGGACAGCCAUAUUGAAAGAUCUUCUCCAACUCUCCUGCAGCGAUGAUGGACAAAUAACUGGAGUUUACGCUGAACUUGAAAGCCGCACGAGUUGAACAGAAGGUUCUGUUUGUCCGGAGACUCCUGAGUGGGAAGUGAAGUUUUGCCUUUGACACAAACACGGCGCAGUCCAGUCCAACACACCGCAGCUGCUGGAAAGAAACAUGGGAAGCGCAACACACCUCUGCUCGGUGCUGCUGCUGGUAUGUCUGCUGGGGCUUCAUUACUCCUCUGGUUUCUGGAUCCUCAACGUUGUCUUCCCGCCAAACGCCAAACCAAGAGAACCGAGCAACAACACUCCGCCACUCAUCAUCGUGCCAGGGAACUUGGGGAACCGUCUGGAAGCUAAGCUAGACAAGCCGACACUGGUCCACUGGAUGUGCUACAAGAAAACUAAACUCUGGUUCCCCCUGUGGAUUGACCUCAACAUGUUCAUGCCUGUAGGAAUAGACUGCUGGAUUGAUAACAUGAGACUUGUUUACAACAGGACGACUCGGCGAUCAUCCAACUCACCAGGGGUGCAGGUGCGGGUGCCAGGAUUUGGGCAGACAUAUCCCAUUGAGUUUCUUGAUUAUCACAAACUGGCUGGUUAUUUUCACACUAUGGUACAACAUUUGGUCAACAUGGGCUACAUCCGAAAUGAGACAGUCCGAGGAGCACCGUAUGAUUGGAGAUUAGCUCCUAAUGAGAAUGCAGAGUAUUUCACGAAGCUGCAGGACUUGGUUGAGGAGAUGUACGACGAGUACCAGCAGCCUGUUUACCUGCUGGGACACAGCAUGGGCUGCCACUACGUCCUCUACUUCCUCAACCACCAGCCUCAGACCUGGAAGGACAAGUACAUCAGGGGCUUCAUUUCGCUGGCAGCUCCAUGGGGGGGAGCUGUUAAACCACUAAGAGUCCUGUCGUCAGGUGAGACUGACGGUAUCCCGAUGAUUUCCAACAUCAAGAUCCGUGAGGAGCAGAGGAUGGCAACCACUAAUCCCUGGAUGCUGCCCUCUGACGUAGCCUGGCCAAAGGACCACGUGUUCAUCUCCACUCCGACCUAUAACUACACCAGCCAGGACUACCAUCGCCUCUUCACAGACCUCAAUUAUGAGGAUGGCUGGCACAUGUGGCAGGACACAAAGAACCUCACUAGUGAUCUCCACCCACCUGGUGUCGAGGUGUGGUGUAUGUACGGCGUGGGGCUUCCAACUCCGGUGACAUACAUUUACGACGAGCAAUUUCCCAACGUGGACCCAGUGGACUUUGUUUACGCCGAUGGAGAUGACACGGUGGACAGCUUUAGCAUGAGUCUUUGCAAACGUUGGGCGGGGCAGCAAGAGAAGCCUGUGCAUGUUACAGAGUACCGAGGACUGGCCCACCUGGACAUAGUGUUCCAUGAAAAGGUGCUCAACGAAAUCCAAAAUAUCAUGGAUGGUAAAUCAGAUACACCCAAAAAGGUUGACGUCCUAUCUGGAACUGAAUAGCAGACAACAGCAUUUAAGACUUUAAAAAACAAAAACACAGAGUGCUGGAUUUUUUAUAUUGUUGACUUUUGAGUCUGUUCCACCAUCAAGCAAAAAGCACAUUUCACAUAGGUCCAACCUUUAUUAGCACCCCAUGUUAGCCAAAGUAACAGUUCUAAACUAAUCUGGACUAGUAACACAUCUAACCCUGACCCCCCCAGCCCUUAACAAAGCCCCUUUAUCUAAACUCAUAGCUGAUGGCUUGCAGUAUGGGUUUGAUCCAGAUCUGUUUAUUUUGUAUUUCUAAGUUGUGUAGUUUGUUGAUUCUUUCUUAUAUUUGAUUGUGAUCAUGAUGAGACUUAUAUGACACAUAAUUAUCACAAUAAUUACAAACAUGGUAAUAGGGAUUUUGUUGUUGUUUAUGUUUCAUUUAAUGUUGUAGUAUGUGUAGUCUUCUCACAGUCCAUUGAGGAAAACUUCAGAUCCUGUUAAAUGCAUCUUUACAAAAAUACACAAUCCUGUUUUGUUUACUUUUGACAUGCCAAAUGUAUUUGAAUGUUUCCACUUAUAAUAAAGCCUCUAAUUUCACAAGUCACGCGUAUCAAAUG